AUGUCAGAAGCCACUGCAGACGCCUGCGCCGAAGCCCUCCUAUCCAGCUGGAUCAGCCGCUUCGGAGUGCCAGACCACAUCACUACAGACCGGGGAACUGCCUUCACCUCAGAACUCUGGACCUCCCUGGCAUGCCUGAUGGGGACCAAGCACCAUAUAACCACAGCCUUCAACCCUGCAGCUAACGACAUGGUGGAAAGGACCCACCACUCCCUCAAGGCCUCCCUGAUGGCACACUGCACAGGACCUGACUGGAAGGCACAGCUACUGUGGGUCCUCCUCGGUCUCCGCACCGCUCCAAGAGCCAACUGCAACCUGUCACCAGCAGAGAAGGUUUAUUGCGAGACCCUGACAGUGCUAGGUGAAUUCUUCUACGCCGACAGCGAUGAUCCCGACAUCCCACUGGCAAGACUUCGGGCAGCCGCCCAGAAAUUCGUUCCCUGUUGA